UCGAGGAGUGGAAGGAUGGCACAGAGGAUAGGCAAGGCGAUCCGCCGCGAUGCGGUGGUUUCAAAGGCGCGAGUCUACUGCGACGUGAACGUGCAGCGGCCGCGCGAGUACUGGGAUUACGAAGCCCUCACCGUCAACUGGGGCGAGCAGAGCGAUUACGAGGUCGUCAGGAAAGUCGGCCGGGGGAAGUACAGCGAGGUCUUCGAGGGCGUCCACGCCGGGAACAACUCCAAGUGCGUGAUCAAGAUCUUAAAGCCCGUGAAGAAGAAGAAGAUCAAGCGCGAGAUCAAGAUCUUACAGAACCUCACGGGCGGGCCGAACAUCAUCAAACUCCUCGACAUCGUCCGCGAGCCGCAGAGCAAGACGCCGUCGCUGAUUUUCGAGCACGUGAACAACACAGACUUUAAAGUGUUGUACCCGACGUUGACGGACUACGACGUCAGGUAUUACAUCCUCGAGCUCCUGAAGGCGCUGGACUUUUGCCACUCGCAAGGGAUCAUGCACCGCGACGUCAAGCCUCACAACGUCAUGAUCGACCACGAGAAGCGGCAGCUUCGUCUCAUCGACUGGGGGCUCGCGGAGUUUUACCACCCCGCGAAGGAGUACAACGUCCGCGUCGCGAGUCGCUACUUCAAAGGCCCGGAGCUCCUCGUGGAUCUUCAGGACUACGACUACGCGCUCGACAUGUGGAGCCUCGGGUGCAUGUUCGCCGGGAUGAUCUUCCGCAAGGAGCCGUUUUUCAACGGGCACGACAACUACGACCAGCUCGUUCGAAUCGCGAAGGUGUUGGGCACGGACGAGCUGUACGCGUACCUCGCGAAGUACCGCAUCGAGCUCGACCCGCACCUCGAGUCGCUCAUCGGAAGGCACUCGCGGAAGCCGUGGAGUAAGUUUGUCAACGCGGACAAUCAGCACCUCGUGUCCAGCGAGGCGAUCGACUUCCUGGAUAAGCUUCUGAGGUACGAUCACCAAGAGCGGCUGACGUCGAAGGAGGCGCAGGACGAGCCGUACUUCAAUCCGGUGAAGCAGGCCGCGGCGGCCGCGGAGGGAGGAGGGGCGAGCGGCGGCGGUGGGAAGUGA